AUGUUUGUGUUAUUCUUAUCAAAUACAAUUGUUAAGAUAACGCUUUUGAAAUCUGAUAAAGAAAGAAAUGCUGAAAUUGGCUUCUUGGUUGUAUUCUGUAUUGAAGCUGCUUUGAAAAUUAUCGCCAAAGGCUUACAAAUUGUCUUAAGAUCUCUUUUAACUGCAAUGGGACCUCUUUUUCAAAUCAGCUUGUUAGUUUUAUUUGUAAUUGUUAUAUACUCUAUUAUUGGAAUGGAAUUCUUUUUAGGCAAAUUUCAUCUUGGUUGUCGUGAUCCACGGACUGGCCAAUUACUAACCCAAAAUCACAUGAGUCCGUGCAAUAAUCAACCUAAUUCAUCAGCCGGAUUUAGAUGCGUUAUUAACACUACACAGUACCAAGUUUUUGGUACUUGUGAUUAUAAAUAUGAUGGGCCUAAUUAUGGAAUAACAGGCUUCGAUAAUAUUUUCAUGGCUCUACUGACUGUCUUCCAAUGUAUUAGCUUAGAAGGAUGGACAAAUCUAUUAUAUGAUACUAAUAAUGCGGUUGGUAGUACUUUCACCUGGUUUUAUUUUUUAACCUUAAUAAUUUGGGGAUCAUUUUUUAUGUUAAAUCUUGUUCUCGGAGUAUUGAGCGGCGAAUUUGCCAAAGAGAGAGAUAGAGUUGAAAAACGUAGGGAAUACAAGAAAUUUCAAGAAAAUCGAAAGAUUGAAAGGGACUUUUUGGGUUAUUUAGAAUGGAUAGGUCGAGCAGAGGAUUUAAUCUUAGGUGAGCAGAGACUGAAAGAAGAAGAAACGGCUCCACAUUUUGAUACCAGAUCAGAGAUAUUUCAGUUUGCAGAGCAGGAUCAAGUAGCUGAAUUAGCGGAAAUCACUUUAUCUGAAAAUCCGAUAAAUACGAAAGCUUAUGCAACAACAACACAUUCUCCAAGGGCUAACUGUUUACAUAUGGUACAAAGAUCGGAGAAAUUUCUUCGAUUAGCUAUACGUCGGACCGUUAAAUCUAGACCUUUCUUCUGGAUAGUUAUUCUAUUAGUAUUUUUAAAUGCAGUAACUAUAGCCUCCGAACACAGCGGAGAGCCGUUAUGGCUUAAAGAUUUUAGAGAAGCAACCAACAUUGUGUUUGUCGCGUUAUUUACUUUGGAAUUAAUCCUAAAAUUAUAUGGUUUGGGAGCGGUAUUUUACUUCUCAUCAACAUUUAAUUGCUUUGAUUUUGCGGUGGUUAUCGCCAGCAUAGCUGAACUUAUAGUUAGGAGCGUUGGUGGACCGAAGCUUGGCAUUAGUGUAUUUCGAUGUAUUCGCUUGCUAAGAAUAUUUGAAAUAACAAAGCAUUGGAAGUCGCUAAGUAACUUAGUAGCCUCGUUAAUUAGCAGUCUAAGAUCCAUAUUGAGUUUACUUUUCUUGAUUGGACUUUGUAUCAUGGUUUUUGCAUUACUUGGAAUGCAAUUAUUUGGUGGAAGAUUUAAUUUUGCAGAAGGUGUACCAAGAAGUAAUUUUAACGAUUUUGGUCACGCAGUUUUAUCUGUGUUCCAGGUGCUUUCCGGUGAGGACUGGAAUGAAGUAAUGUAUAAUGAUACCCUAUUAAACGUAUUCUUGGCCAUUGCAGUUGAUAAUUUAACGAAAGCCCAGGAAAUAAGUAAGGAUGAAGACGAAGAAAUUAUGCUGCAAAAGCGCUUGUCCAUAAAGCGCAAAAAUUACUCGAAAGAUUCUGGCUGUCAAUCAGCUUUGGGUGAUGGGCAAUAUGGUACAGAUGAUAGACCACGAGAAAGUAUUAGAACACUGUCUAUAGCAUCUACAGACGGACGAUCAAAUCAAAGGAGCAGGAGAAGUACGUUAAGAAUUCCCAUGCCGUCUUCACCGUCUAUCAAUGACGAUAACGCUUUUCCUGAAUUUUGUGAUAAUAAUACUUCUCAACAAGAGACAAGAAUAGAUGAAAUUAAUGACAUUGAAAAUCCUGGUAAUGAGAACGAUGAUGAAGAGCCUAAUUUUCGACAAAAAAGACUUGGCAGCACAAAAAUGAACUUUCAGGAUGCUCAUCAGGAACCUGAGCUAAUUAUAGGAAAAGAAAUCUUCGCACAAAAUGUACCAAUCUUGCAAGUUAAUUCGCUAUUCAUAUUUUCGCCUCAAAAUAGGUUCAGAAGGUUUUGUCAUUAUAUUGUCCAUUUAAGGCACUUUGAAAAUUUUAUGAUCGCAGCAAUUAUUAUAAGCAGUGGGCUACUGGCUGUUGAGGAUCCUAUGAAUGAAGAUCCCGUCCUAAAUUAUGUUUUAAGAAUAUUUGAUUCAAUAUUUACCGGGAUAUUUUUAAUUGAAUUAAUUUUGAAGGUCGUCGAUUUUGGAUUUAUUCUUCAUCGUGGGUCGUACUGCAGAAAUUUGUGGAAUAUUUUAGAUAUGAUCGUUGUUGUUACUGCAGUAACAUCGUUCAUUUACUUUGAAAUCGGGGUGGAGAAUCAGUCUAAUCGAAAUAUAUCAGCUAUUAAAGCAAUUCGAACUUUGAGGGUACUACGGCCGCUUAAAGCGAUUAGAACUGCCAAGAAGCUACUGGCCUGCUUUCAAUGUAUGGUCAAUUCCCUGAAGAACGUUCUCAAUGUUUGUAUUGUGAUGUUGCUAUUCCUAUUCAUGUUCGCCGUGAUUGGCGUUCAGUUAUUUAAGGGUAAAUUUCACUACUGCACGGAUCAAACGAAACAUACUAAAAGUCAAUGCAGGGGAAAUUAUUAUCAUUAUACUGACGGCCACGUUUAUAACGUAGAAGUAAGUUAUUGCAUAAGCGAUACAAAAUUUGCUACGCAACUUAGUUCGAAUGCAGGACGAUUUUCGAAUUAUGUAGAUAAUGUAAUAAAAGCGUCCUUCAUCAGGAUAUUAUAUUGGUCUAUUGAUGCAACUAAUGAAAAUGAAGGACCAAUGCGAGAUUAUAAUUUGGCAGUUGCAUUAUAUUUCUGUAUUUAUAUCGUUGUAUUCCCCUUUUUCUUCAUAAACAUCUUUGUGGCCUUAAUAAUCGUAACCUUUCAAGAAGAAGGUGAUAAAGACAUCGCUAACUAUCAGCUAAAUCGAAAUCAGCGUGAUUGCAUCGAAUUUGCUUUAAAUGCUAAGCCAAUCCAUCGCCACAUGCCUAAAGAUAAAAAAUCUUACGCUUAUAAAGUUUGGCGAAUAGUAACAUCAACGCCAUUUGAAUUUAUAAUUAUGGUCUUGAUUAUUGUAAAUACUAUAGUAUUAAUGAUGGAGUAUAAUGGCCAAAGCAAAGACUACAAAGAUAUGCUUCAAAUAAUUAACAUUACGGUUACAAUCCUGUUCACUGUUGAAAUGUUAUUGAAAGUUAUUGCUUUCUCACCAAGGAAUUUCAUAAAGGAAUGGUGGAAUAUAUUUGAUUUAAUAGUCGUUAUUGGUAGCUGGACAGAUAUUAUCAUUACUUAUGCCAGUAUUAAUGGUACAAGUACUGUAAGUAUUAGCUUCUUUCGAUUAUUUCGAGCCGGCCGUUUGAUAAAAUUAUUACGUAAGGGUUAUACUAUACGUGUUUUAUUAUGGACGUUUCUAAAGUCCUUUCAGGCAUUGCCUUACGUUGGACUUUUGAUUGGCAUGUUGUUUUUUAUAAGUGCAGUGCUUGGAAUGCAGUUAUUUGGACAAAUUCAAUCCGAUCCUACUACAGCCAUUUUUCGCUACAACAAUUUUCAAACUUUUACCGGAGCGCUAAUCGUUCUCGUUAGAUGUUCUACUGGUGAAAACUGGCCUGAAGUUAUGCUAGCCUGUUUACCUGGUCGAGCAAAAUGUUCCACAAAAUUUCCCGACUGUGGAUCUUAUGUUGCAUAUCCAUACUUUGUUAUAUUCGUCUUUUUGUCUACUUUUUUGAUGUUGAAUUUAUUUGUGGCUGUAAUCAUGGAUAAUUUUAAGUAUUUAACACGCGAUAAGUCUAUACUUGGUCCAUAUCAUUUGGAUCAUUUCUUACAUACCUGGGCGGAGUUUGAUCCUGAAGCAAGCGGUAGAAUCAAACAUCAAGAGCUGUGUACCAUGUUAUGUCGUAUUCCACCUCCUCUUGGCUUUGGAAGUAGUUGCCCAAUGCGUACAGCAUAUCGGAGAUUAAUGAAACUAGGAAUUCCUAUUAAUGGCGAUAAUACCAUUCGCUUUAAGGCUACACUUUUUGCUUUAAUAAGAACUUCAUUAAAAAUUAAAGUUCGAGAAGAUCAACAUGAAGCUGAUGCUGAGUUGUGUCAGAUUAUUAGAAAAAUAUGGCCGCAAGUUACCAGUAGAACACUAGAGCGUAUAUUGCCACAAGUUGAACAUGGAGCAAGGCAUCUUACUAUUGGUAAAAUUUAUGCUGCUUUAAUCAUUUAUGAGUAUUACAAAAGAUACAAGAAACAGCAAUUAAGAGAAGAGGAUGAACAAGUUAGAAUGAGAACCAAAUCUCUUUUUCAUCGCUUUAUCGAUGUUGUCCGAACACCAAUUCGAACUGGGGCUCAUAAAGACUUGGAAAUUCCGACGGAAUAUCCUACCAAGCAGCUGAGAUCAAAACAUUUUCAUAGCCAUUCAUUUAAAAUUCCUCGACCUAGUUUACGCCGAAGUCGAAAGAGAGAUAAAAUGAAAUCGAAACAUGCAGUUUCCGCUAAACCCUCGGACAGCAGUGUAUCAGGAGAAAAUAACAGAUCAAGAUCUUUGCCAGGCCUUAUAUUCGAGAGCAUUGAUGUAAAUUGCUUUAUUUUAAAAUAG